AUGCCUGGUCUCAAAGCUGGAGAUGACUUCCCCGAGGGCGUGUCCUUCGCCUACAUCCCCUACACCCCCGAGACUGCCGACGUGACCGCCUGCGGCAUCCCCAUCAAGUACGAGGCCAGCAAAGAAUUCAAGGACAAGAAGGUCGUCAUCGUCUCCGUCCCCGGUGCCUUCACCCCCACCUGCCAGAACACCCACGUCCCGGGCUACAUCUCGAAGCUCUCCGAGCUCAAGGCCGCCGGCGUCGACCAGGUCUUUGUCAUCUCCUACAACGACGCCUUUGUCCAGUCCGCCUGGGCCAAGGCCAACGGCGUCAAGGACGAGAUCAUCUUCGCCUCGGAUGACGGCGCCGCCUUCAGCAGCUCCAUCGACUGGACCCUGGGCCCCCGCACCGCCCGCUACGCCAUUAUCGUCGACCACGGCAAGGUCGUCUACGCCGAGAAGGAGCCCGGCAAGGAUGUGACCGUCUCCGGCGUCGACGCCGUCCUCGCCAAGCUGUAA